UUGAAACCUGGAUUCCACUGCUGGAAUUCAGCCAUAUGUUUUAAAUGCAACAUUACAGUAAUACGAAACUGUCAGCAAGGAUACGAAGAGAAUAGAAGGACUUUUAACCGGAUGUCUUAGUAGAUCCGCCAGGAAUCUGUCGAUGAGAGGUGAACUGGACAGGUCAGAUUGUGAUCUUCACUAACUCCCCUAACAGGUGGGAGAUGGUGAUGAUGCUUGAGCUUGAGUUUGCCUACGCCUUCUUACAAGCGCACUGAAGUGUCUAAAGUCUUCCCUUUAGCACGGCUUGAGCCCAAUCCCUUUCCAACAAGUGAGACUGCUAAAUAGGGAUUGACCUGUAAAGUGUCCAGAUCUUUGAGCACCAUGGCUCAGAGGUCAACUCAUUUCAGAGGUCACGGUCCCUCCUGGCCGCUUCAUCUCACUCUACUGCUGCUUCUAUUGGCCAGGACACACCAAGCUUUGGCUAUCCCAGGUUACAACACUGACACCUCCAAGAAAGAGAUCAUAAUCGAGGGGGACCUGGUGAUUGGAGGCCUGUUUCCUGUUCAUCAAAAGGGGGAGGGGGCUCAGGACUGUGGCCGUAUCAAUGCACAAAGAGGGAUUCAGAGACUGGAGGCGAUGCUGCUAGCCCUGGACAAGAUCAAUCAAGAUGAUCAGAUUUUGCCCGGGGUAACGUUAGGUGCCCACAUUCUGGACACUUGCUCUAAAGACACGUACGCACUGGAGCAGUCACUUGAAUUUGUGCGCGCUUCGCUUACGAAAGUGGAUGAUAGUGAGUACACGUGCCCGGAUGGAUCCUACGCCGUCCAUGACGAUGUUCCACUUGCAAUCUCUGGAGUGAUUGGAGGCUCCUACAGUGAUGUAUCCAUACAGGUGGCCAAUCUCCUGCGUCUUUUCCAGAUUCCUCAGAUCAGUUAUGCCUCCACCAGUGCGAAACUGAGUGACAAAUCCCGUUAUGAUUACUUUGCCCGGACUGUACCCCCUGACUUCUACCAAGCCAAAGCUGUGGCUGAGAUUCUGCGCUAUUUCAACUGGACUUAUGUCUCCACAGUUGCCUCAGAGGGUGAUUACGGUGAGACAGGUAUUGACGCCUUUCAGCAAGAGGCCCGGGCCUUGCAAAUCUGCAUCGCUACGUCCGCCAAGGUCAGUCGCUCCAUGGACCCCUACAGUUAUGAAGGAGUAAUCAGAUCUCUGUUGCAGAAAUCCAAUGCUAAAGUAGUAAUCCUCUUCACCAGAAGUGAAGACGCAAGAGAGCUCCUGGUUGCAGCAAAGCGCAUGAACGUCUCCUUCAUCUGGGUGGCCAGCGAUGGUUGGGGGGCACAGGAGAGUGUGGUGAGAGGGAGUGAGAGUGUAGCAGAUGGAGCUUUUACCAUUGAGCUUGCAUCCUAUCCAAUCCCUGAAUUCGCAACAUACUUCACAAACCUCAAUCCUUAUAAUAACACACGUAACCCCUGGUUCAGAGAGUUCUGGGAAAAUCACUUUCAGUGCAGCCUGCAUGAUAUUAAUUGUGGGAAACAUUCUCUCCGGGAUGGCAAAUUCGAGCAGGAGUCCAAGAUCAUGUUUGUGGUGAAUGCUGUCUACGCUAUGGCCCAUGCCCAUCAUAACAUGAGACAAGCAGUGUGCGCAAACACCACCAAACUCUGCAGUGCCAUGAAACCAGUCAAUGGAAAAAAGCUGUACAAGGACUACAUCCUGAAGACAAAAUUUGAUGCUCCAUUUCGCCCAGCUGAUACAGAUAACAUUGUUCUCUUUGAUGCUUAUGGAGACAGUCUGGGCCGAUACAACAUCUUCCAUUAUCACAAAGAGAAUGACGAGUACGUCUAUAGGAAAGUGGGAUACUGGGCCCAGGAUUUAAGUCUGAACACAAGUCUGAUUCCUUGGGAAAGCCAAGUGGUGCCCACGUCCCAGUGCAGCGACCCAUGUAGGAAAAACGAAAUUAAGACCAUGCAGCCUGGUGACGUCUGCUGUUGGAUUUGCAUUCCCUGCCAGCCCUACCAGUACCUUCUGGAUGAAUUCACCUGUGCGGAUUGUAGCUUUGGACAGUGGCCUUUGGACAAUCUCACAAGGUGUUACAAUUUACCCGAGGAGUACAUUCAUUGGGAGGAUGCUUGGGCUAUUGGGCCGGUCACCAUAGCUUGCCUUGGCAUGCUCUGCACACUCUUUGUCAUUGGCCUCUUCUUAAAGAACAAUGAGACGCCGGUGGUGAAAGCUAGUGGACGUGAGCUCUCCUAUAUUCUUCUCAUAGGUGUCCUACUUUGCUAUUGCAUGACCUUCAUCUACAUCAGCAAACCGUCUGCCGUAGUGUGCACGUUACGGCGGCUCGGCCUGGGAACUUCCUUCGCCGUUUGUUACUCUGCGUUGCUGACCAAGACCAAUCGCAUUGCUCGGAUUUUCAACGGCGUUAAAGAUGGAGCUCAAAGGCCGAGGUUCAUCAGUCCAGCUUCACAGGUGGCCAUCUGUGCUGCUCUCAUUUCCUGUCAGCUCCUGGUUGUGGUGGUCUGGCUUCUGGUUGAGGCUCCUGGGGUGAAAAAGGAGGUCAGUCCUGAAAGAAGAGACGUGGUGACAUUGAAGUGCAACAGCAAGGACUCUAGCAUGCUGAUGUCUUUAACCUACAACUGUGUCCUCAUCAUCUUCUGUACCUUUUACGCCUUUAAGACUCGAAAGUGCCCAGAGAACUUCAAUGAAGCCAAGUUCAUCGGCUUCACCAUGUACACCACUUGCAUAAUCUGGCUGGCUUUCCAGCCAAUCUUCUAUGUUACUGCCAGUGACUAUAGGGUACAGACCACUACCAUGUGCAUCUCUGUGAGUCUGAGCGGUUCAGUGGUGCUGGGCUGCCUCUUCGCUCCCAAGAUCCACAUCAUCCUCUUUCAGCCCCAGAAGAACGUCACCACGCUCAGAGUGGCCACCACUCGAUUCAGUGUGACCACUGGCCCUGGCUCCAGCUUCUCUCAAACCUCCGCCUCCAAUAUUGUGCCUACAGUAUGUAAUGGCAGAGAGGUAGUGGACUCAACAACAUCCUCACUCUGAGAAACAGGAUUCCUGUUUGUUUGCCAAACGCGGUAUACAGAUAAAUCUUAUCUUCACUAGUCAUGAAAUCAAGUGUUUGCUAAUGUUGAGGAGACUAUUCAGAAUAAAAAAAAAGCCUGUUAUGUUGUUCUCAACGUGCUGUGAGUACAAUAUCCCAUUUUGUUUCUCUCUCUCUUUCUCUCUCUGGCUAGUUAGAUAAUAUCAGUGGGAUGCCAGUUUAAACUCUGUAUACCUGUUCUUUUUAUGGAAACCAUAAUAAAGUAUUGUUUGAGAUAUGGAGUUAAAAUAUAGUAAAUCUGU